UUUUCUUUAUUAUUGCCAUCUUUUUUAUCAUUCUUCAAUAUCGUUUUAGCAACAGAAAGUGAUACGCAGAGAUAUAAUUUCAGGCUACCUCAUCAUUUUUAUCCCUUAUCUCGAAGCCUUAACAGAGAGAGGUGAGAAGCACCUUUCUUUUGCCAAGAGGCUUCGAUCAGAUUCAAUCGACCCUGAGUGUUAUCUCAUAUUUGAGCGGGAAGUUUGAGUAACAGUUGGUUAUACGUAUCAACAAUGGAGGACGUUCCGAUCGCAAUGAGGGCCAAGCGCAAGCGCGGCCGACCGCGCAAGGACAGCAACGUCUGCAGCGCAUCCACGUUACCCUCACCGGAAUACUCAACCCUCGUGAGAAACCACGCCGCCAAUCAAUCCAUCUACCCGACCCCUCCGGCACCAGCACCACAAGCAGAUCCCGACAAGAACCCCAGCAUCGCCGACGACGCAAUGGUGGGGUCCGCGGUCUACGGCGUGGUGGAGGGCUCCUUCGACGCCGGAUACCUCAUCUCCAUCCGAAUCGGCAACAACCUCACCCCCUUCCGCGGCCUCGUAUUCCAGCCGCGAAACGUCGUCACUUUGACCUCCUCAAACGACGUCGCUCCGCACGCCAAAAUGCACCAGAGAAGAGAAAUCCAAAUCCCUAACCCCUUGCCCCCCCAAGCCCCCACCAACCCCGACGAAGGCAAAACCGCCUAUAACGUCGCCGGAAACCUGAGAAUGGUGGAGGAAGACGAAGUGAUGCAGGCAUUCGAGGUGUCCACGUCACCAGGCGGAGGAUCGAAGAGUAAUUUACCAAACAACGGCGAUUCGGCGGCGAAUCACGAAGCUCCGCCGCCGAAUCUGCAGAUGUGCCACGGCGGCGGCGUGGAAUUGCCGCAGGUGAGGCAGACGAAUCUGUUCCAGGAUGUGAAUUUCCAGGAGAAUAUGUUCAGCAAUCACCAGGAGAGUCCGAAUCUGAAGCUGGAUUUGGGAUUCGCGGCGCAGAAGGAGAAGCAGAUGGCGGAGGUGUACAAUUCGGUGCUGAGCGGGAUGAAAAACCCUAGCAUCGGAUUCCAUCAGGCGCUGGUGGCGGGGAAUCCGCUGCUGCUGCCGCCGGAUCUGAUAGGGGAGCCGCUGGAGUUCAUGAUGGAGAAGCCGAAGUCGCCGCCGAGCCCGCAGACGGAGGCGCAGUCGAGAAUGGUGGGGAGUGGGGAGGUGUUUGGCGGUGGGGAGGCGAUGAACAGCGCGGCGUCGCCGGCGAGGAUUGGGGAUAUGGAUUUCAUGAUCAUGCAGCAAACCCACACCAAUAAUUAAACUAGUUUUUUUUUCAACUGUUGGAUUAGUUGCUUUUUUUUAUUUAUUAUAAUUUAGUGUUAGUAUUGUUAAUUUUUUUUUAUUAAUUUCGACAUUCAUUCAUAAGGGAGUCGAUUUGGAUCA